AUGGAAUCUGAUGCAGUUUCACAGGGAGUUAAAUUUCAGAAAGACGACGACAUGACCCCAAACGAAGGGGAAAGCCAAAUAGACCUUGUGACUUGCACCACGCAGUUGACAUGCAGUAUUCGUCAAUGGUCUGUAAAACGCCAAGAAACGAUUGAAACAUUGCGAAGCCUGGCAGAUGAACUUAUGGAACAUUACAAGAAUGUUCACAUUGCCAAGAUCUCGGGCUCAUCAGCAUCAAUCGGAGGCUUUGUUUUAGCCGCUACGGGGUUCGGUCUCGCUGCUGUCAGUCUUGGGACUUCACUGAUUCUAUCUGCGGUUGGAGGAGCGAUCUGCGCCGGCGGAGGCGCUACUGUGGCUGGUUCCAGCAUUGUACAAUCGAAAAUUUUCAAAACAAAGCUCGCGACGGCGCAAGAAAUCAUCGACGCCGAUCGCAAAGCACAGGAACCUGUGCAGAGGCUUUUAGAUGACCUUUGUCGUGAAGUAUCCAAAGAAUCGUUUAGCAGCGUGAAAAAUAGUCUCGCUUGCAAUGUAAGCGUCGCCUUGUUGGUGAAAAACCUCGUCGAUGUGAGUAACGGAAUAAACAUGACCGGCGCUAGUGUGGCAACGACAGUGGCAAGUGAGGGUAUGGAUGGAAUACUCCGAUCUAUAGGUAUAGCUGGAAACACCGCUCGGAUUGGAAUAUUCGCAGUGAGCAUUGCACUUCUCCCUUUGGACAUUUACACUAUGGUAACUUCCUUUACGGAGAUUGACUCCGUUCGAAAAGGAAAGAAAGAGAAGGAGCCAGAGGCGGUUAAAAAGUUAAGAGAGCUGGCAGAUGAUUUGGAGAAGGAAAUGAACGAGAUACUUCAAGCUGUCGAAGAAUUCCAGCGAAAAAAACCUCUAUGACUUUUAUUUGAGGAAAAAUAUAAACAUUACAACGCAAAGGCAAAUCUCGUGCCAGCGGCCUUUAUAGUUGGUACGGUCGUAAAGCUUACGUUAAACAUCAACCGACACAAUUUUGUAAUUCGUCGGUUUAUUGCUCGAGGAUUUUUCAAUCUGGCGCCAUUAGAAGAUAGGAAAAAUAGAAAAUGAUGAACAACUGAUAAAACAGUAGAUUGCGAGAUGAUUUGGCUUUCGUCGAUGGAAUCGAUUCAUUAACGAAACAAAAAAUUACGAUCAUACAAUUUACAUUUUCGACUGAAGGGCACCCGUAGUUGUCACGUUGCUGCGGUAACCAAUGCAAAAGGGAAGAAUUUACGGCUAAAAGAAUAACUGCGAUUUCGUGAGGGCAAAACGAAAGGAUUCGUUUGUGGAUAAUCUAUUUAUUAAUUGUUAAGAAACAAAAAGUGCGAGUGUUUCAGUAUUUAGAUCUAUCAAUUCACCUAUCCCUGAUUACCACCUGUUUGAACGUCAUGUUUUAACAUGCAUGAGUGGUAGAACUGUCACUCAGUCGGCUACCUGCCUAGCGAUUUUUGGGUCAUUACAAUUUCAGAUUAACCACUCCCGGCCAAAACUCAUCUCCAAAAUAGCGACUGGAAAUUAAACUACUUGGUAUCAACUGGACCUGAGAUCGACGAAAGCCUAAAAAUAAGUAUUCUUUUGCUGGAAAUCGAUCUAUAAAAGAUUCCAUGCAGCCUUAUCUUUGGAAUUGCGCCAAAUUUUUUAUACGUAUUGUACUUAUGAUUUACUUUCUUGCAACGAAGGUCAUUUUUUCUUGUUAUUAUUUGUUUGUUUUUGUUUGCCGUUUUUUAAAUUCAGUCGCGUUCGGAGAUCUGUUUUGAGGAGUGGCAUGGUGGGAAGGGCUUCAGUAAACACAGCAACCUGAUAACUAAGUAUAUUCUCCAUACUGUUCUCUGUAUAUUUCCUUUAUGUUAACAAGGUGAAUUUGCACAUGGAUCAAGAAGUACCUCAGUUGGUGAUCAUUUUAGAGUUAACACAUAGACACUGAAACAAAUCUUUCUGUUUACAUCUAAAUUAUUCUUCAUUAGAUCAAGUUUUGUCUAUAUUCAUCAACAACUCAAAGCCAACGCCGUACAGAAUCAUGGACGGGUUCAAAUUUUUUUAAUAGCUAUAGGCAUUUGCGGUUGACAACAGCGGGGCCCUCUUCAUCAUAUUCUUGCUUAGAGAUCCACAUGGACUGAAAAUCCGAUAACGAAGCCAGGAUUGAUCCCCCAAUCCAUGCAGAGUAUUUAGGCUCAGGAGGAGCAAUGAUCUUGACCUUUCUUGUAGGUGAAGCCCCGGCGAGUCCAGUGAUCUCCUUCUGCACUCUUUCAGCAAUUCCUUUGAACAUAGUGGAGCCACCAGACAAGACAAUAUUGGCGUACAUUUCAUUUCUGAUGUCUUCGUUGCACUUCACGAUGGACUCAAAUACGAGCUGAUGGAUGCCGGGUGACAACGCUAAACUAUUGUCAGCCAUGGAGGGCUGGAACAGAACCUCGGGACAUCUAAAUCUCUCGUCGCCAAGAGUGACAAACUGGCCAUCAGAGAGUUCAUAGCUUCUCUGCAAGCUCGGAUCAGAGGCAGCAGUACUCAUCUCCUUUUCAAAGUCCUGAGCGACAUAGCAAAGCCUCUCUUUAACAUCUCUUGCUAAUCUGUGCUCGGUUAGAGUCUUGCCCCGUUCGCCCAGAAUCUUUGUGAGAUAAUCUGUCAAAUUCGUACCGGCCAAAUCGAGACUCGAAACGUUCUGGCGAAGAGCGAAACCUUCACUGAUAGGGACGGCGUAACUGACGCCGAAACCACUCUGGAGGACGAUACCAUCCUUACGGCCAGAGGCGUAGAGAGACAGGACAGGUGCUGGAGCUAAAUACAUCGCUGGUGUAUGGAAGGUCUCGAACAUGAUCUAUUGAAAUAGAGAUAACAGAAAUUAACUGAAGCACUUGCCUCCCACGCUGGCAUUGUUUAGAGUAUAAAAACUAAACCUGAAUAGAGAUAUUUUGAGUCUCUGCUUCCCCGUAAAUCGCCUUUACCAGUUUUUUCGUCCCUAUCCUAAAUCAGUAGCAAAAUGUUUCGGUGGGCAUUGUUGAAAAGCUUGGGCGAACAUUUUUCUAGGUCAAAAUGGAGCUAC